AUGGCUGUUGCCGCUGAGGUCUUCACAAUCCUUUAUAGUGACGGCGAUCUCUCUGUCAAUGAUCUCUUUCUCUAUGCUAUGAUUGUCCCCGUCAUGCCUCAGGCAUUAGUCUCACGAGCUGGAGUAGCAUUCGAAGAUAGAGAGUAUUGGAACAUCGUCCUCCUCAUCUCCGAAGCCGUCUCGGCACUUAUAUGCUGUCCGAUAUUCGGAUACAUGCUAGACGUCUCUGGAACACGCCAGGGUCCCUAUCUGUCCGGACUCGUGCUGUUAUUUGCAUCUAUGCUCGUCUUGGCAACAUCACACUCAGUGACAUGGUACAUCAUUGCCAGAGUCUUCCAGGGCGCAGCAACGGCCAUGGUUUCGGUAGCUGGUCUUUCCAUUGUGACUGACGCAGUAGAUAGAGCGAGUCUUGGACAAAUGAUUGGAUAUCUGGGCACCGCCAUGACACUGGGAUUUAUGUCUGGUCCAUUAUUGGGCGGACUGCUAUACCAGAUUGGAGGAUUUUAUGCCAUUUUUGGUAUGGCUUUCGGCGUUGUUGGUCUUGACUUCUUUCUUAGACUCGCUGUUGUCGAGAAGAGGAUUGCUGAACGUUGGCUGUGUCUCGAUGAUGGCGAGCGCCCCAGUCAGGAGAAUGGCUAUAUCCCUGAGCAGCCGCCAUACGGAACUCUGGGGACUAUACCCACUAGCGGUCAUACUGCCACAGAAAUUUCCAAGACUACUUUUGCGCUGGGCAAGCUUUUAAAGCAGUCGCGGAUUCUUAUUAGUCUCUCGGCAGUUACUGUUGGGGCUCUUGUGGUCUCGGCAUUCGAUGCGACCCUCCCAGUCUUUGUGGAAAACACAUUCCACUGGAAUGUUCUAGGCGCAGGUUUGAUAUUCUUGCCAGGUGCUGCAGCAGCCAUUUUUCAACCGUUUUUUGGCUUUUUAUCUGACCGUCUUGGAUCGAGAGUUAUUACAUUCGCAAGCUUUGUCAUUCUAGCCCCGAGUCUGAUUUGUCUUCGUUUUGUCGGGGACAACUCACCAUCCCACAUAGGUCUUCUUUGUGUGAUGCUGGUUCUUGUUGGAAUGUGCAUCGACUUAAGCCAGCCAGCCUUGAUAGUGGAGAUGCAACGUGUGCUGGAUGACAUGGAAGCUGAAGACCCCGGGGUCUUUGGAGGUAGAGGUGCUGUAGCUCAAGCUUUCAGUUUAGAGAACAUGGCACAUUUUGGCGGGUUGGCAUUAGGACCUAUGCUAGGUGGAUUUGUGGAGGUUCGAUACGGUUGGAAAAGUAUGACUCUUGCUCUGGGAGUUCUUUCUGCGGUAACUGCUAUGCCUAUGUUAUGGCUGAGUGGUCCUAUCGAAGAAGUCUCUUGGACUGAGUCUGCCGAUGAAGAGAUGGAACGUCAACCCCUGCUGACAGAGUAG